UGCUCUCUCCAACUCUACUUAUAUCGAUCAAUCUCAUAAUUGGAGAGAGAGAGAGUGAGAAAGAAAAAAAAAAAAACAGAAGAAAGUUUUGGUCAGGGAAGAAUAACCCACCCUCACUCACUUCACUUUCUAGCAACGGAGAAAGUGAACCUCUAGUUUUCUCACAGUGUAAGUGGAGAAAGCUCAAACACACAACACAACAACACAUGUUGAUGUUGUUGUUGUUGUUGUUCAUGAUGAUCAUGAGAGAGAAAGGAUCAACAAAAACAAAAAGAGAUCCACAGUAACAAAAUAGGAUUGUCGAUAAAAGAAGCAACUUUCAUCUUUGGCUACUACUAAAAGGAGGUUACACCGUUCCAAGAAAAUUGUCUGAGAAAAGAAAAUACACUUUCAAUGGUGAAUACUGCUACCAUGUUAUUCUGAUCUCUCUGAUUCGAACCGAUUCUAAAAAACCCAGCUUCAGUUGUGGCUACUACAAGGAGGUUCCCUUCGGAUUCCGGUGCCUUUGUCGACUGGUCAGCGACGCCUUCCGCCGUCUCGGGCCGCGGCGACGACCUCUCUCUCGGCUUCAAUGCAACCUCCGCCACCGCGCACGGCGGCGCAUCCAUGUGGCCCGGGGCGUCGAGGUCAUUCAACCACAACCUUUCACCCCACCACGACAUCUUCGUGGUGGCGCCCGCCUCGUCGUUCCAUCACCACCACCACCACAACGACGCUGUUUUGUCCGAUCCAAACAACAACAGUUCCAACGCAACUGCACUCGGCGUCAACGUCUUCCCUCUCCUCACCGCCACGCCAUGCCUCACUCCAGAGAGCGAGGGCAUAAUGGGAAACAUCAAUAGCCACCGCAACAGAAUUCAGCUAUGGCAACCACAGGAUUCACCACAGCACCAACACGCCGACGGCGUCCUUGCGAGUAACCACCGUAGCAGAAUUCAGUUAUGGCAAGAGCACGACGAGUCUCCGCCGCCGCAGCACCAGCAACAACAACACCCGAACGCGCACGUGCACGAGCGUGAGGGGAGUGGGAGCGGCGCGAGCACGUGCCAGGACUGUGGAAACCAGGCGAAAAAGGAUUGUAGUCACAGGAGGUGCAGGACGUGCUGCAAGAGUAGGGGUUUCGAUUGCGCUACGCACGUGAAGAGCACGUGGGUACCCGCCGCGCGGCGGAGGGAGCGCCAGCUCAUGGCGGCGACGGCAGCGGUUGGGUCCAGUGGGUCCACUUCCGCCACCAAGAAACCUAGGCUCGUGCCUUCCCAGACCACAACCACUUCGCACACUUCCACGUCUAAUAACACCACCACUCCUCCUAGGAGUUUCGACACUGGUUCGAGCCACCAAGAUGUGAGUUUCAAGGAGUCACUACCUUGUCAAGUGCGUGCACCAGCAGAGUUCAAGUGUGUUCGUGUGACUGCAGUGGACGAUGGAGAUGAUGAGUAUGCAUAUCAAGCUGUGGUGAAAAUUGGUGGCCAUGUGUUCAAAGGGUUUCUCUAUGAUCAAGGGGUUGAAGAUAAAAGUGAGUAUCCUAAUCUAUCUGAAUUGCAUUUGGGUGGUGGUGGAAAUGUUGCAAGUGGAAGUGAUGGAGGUGGUAGAAAUGGAGUUUCUUCUUCAUCUCCAAUGGUGGAUCCUUCUGAUGUCUAUGCAGCUUCUGCUGGAGUGUUACUUGGAGGUUCAUCAAACUAUGGUAAUGCAAUAAAUUAAACAAACAAACUUAGGUUCAGUAGUAUAAAUGUUUUUAGUGUUAUUUUCAAUCAGAAUUGAUGUUUUAUUUCAAUUUUAUUAUGUGUCAUCGAAUAUUUUUCUGAAUGUCUUGGUAUGUUGUCGAAAUAAAACUUUAAUUCUGAUGAAGGAACAAUGCUAGUAACACUUAUGGUAGGAUCUAAGUUUUGUUAUAAUUAAAUUAAAUACUUUUUUUUUCUUC